CCCGCGGCGGAAGCGGCCUGGGCCGGGCGGGAGGAUGCGCGCGCCGCCGCCGCUCGCGCUGUCGCUGCUGCUGCUGCUGCUGCUGCCGCCAGAGGGAAGGUUCCAGAAACCCACGGCCGCCCCCAAGAAGCCAGGGGAUGAUUUCGACCUGAGCGACGCCCUGGACGGAGGAGAUGAAGGCCGGGGAGGAGGAGGAGGAGGAGGAGGAGGAGGAGGGGAUGACUUCGAUCUCCAGGACGCCCUGGGCGGCGGCGGAUUCUCCGACCGGGACCUGACGGACGGCGCGGGCGGCGCGCAGGAGGAAGGGCCCGCGCAGGGCGUGGUGCCCGGGGUGGUGGGCGCCGUGCUGGUGGCCGUGGCCGGCGCCGUCUCCAGCUUCGUCGCCUUCCAGAAGAAGAAGCUGUGCUUCCAGCAGCGCGAUGCGUCGGCCCAGGUCUGAGGGUCACGGCCUCCGCCUGUGACCUCUGACCCCUCCUGACCUGCGACCCCCGACCUGACCCCCUCCACCCACCACCUGGCUUUGGUUUCAUCCCAACAACUGGGCCUCGAAUCCUGGGCCUCCAACGUGUCGGCCUCCACCGGGGCCUCGGCCUCCAAUCCCAGGCCUCAGGCUUCAGCCUCCACCCUAGGCCUCAGGCCUCAGCCUCCACAUUAGGCCUCGGCCUUCAGUCCCAGGCCUCAGCCUCCAUUCUAGGCCUCAAGCCUCGGCCUCCAAUCACAGGCCUCAGGCUUCAGCCUCCAAUACCAGGCCUCAGGCUUCGGCCUCCAACCUAGGCCUGGGCCUCCAAUACCAGGCCUCAGGCUUCAGCCUCCACUCUAGGCCUCAGGCUUCGGCCUCCACCCUAGGCCUGGGCCUCCAAUCACAGGCCUCAGGCUUCAGCCUCUACACCAGGCCUCAGGCUUCAGCCUCCAAUCCUAGGCCUCAGGCCUCAGCCUCCACCCUAGGCCUCAGCCUCCAUUUUAGGCCUCAGCCUCCAAUCCCAGGCCUCAGGCUUCGGCCUCCAAUCCCAGGCCUCAGGCUUCAGCCUCCACUCUAGGCCUCAGGCUUCAGCCUCCAAUCCCAGGCCUCAGGCUUCGGCCUCCACCCUAGGCCUCAGGCUUCAGCCUCCAAUCCCAGGCCUCAGGCUUCGGCCUCCACCCUAGGCCUCAGGCUUCAGCCUCCACCCUAGGCCUCAGGCUUCAGCCUCCACACCAGGCCUCAGGCUUCGGCCUCCACUUUAGGCCUCAGGCUUCAGCCUCCAAUCCCAGGCCUCAGGCUUCGGCCUCCACCCUAGGCCUGGGCCUCCGCUCCCAGGCCUCCCCCCUCGGCCUCCAGCUCUCGCCUUUUGGUAUAACCAUAAAAGUGGCUUGACCUCUGA